AUUCAAGGAAAACACCAACACUCUAGAAGAAUCCAGCAAGUUGACAUCACGUCUGAUUUUGAAGUGACGGGUCUCCAAUGGAGGAUCAGGUGUUGAAAGAUCGAGGAGACGAGCCAAAAGAAGGAGCUCAUUGCAUGUCUCUCCUAUCGCCGCAGCUCAAAGCCAUGAUCCGCAUCAAGAAGAAAUACCUGAAGAGGACAAACUCAGUCCGACUGGCGAACUCUGGAGUCUCCGACGGCGCUUCACAUCCUCCAAACAGGAAGCUCAGGCGCAGGAAGUCUCGUGUGCUUUUCCCAAACGACACGCUGAUGUUCAAGCCAAAGAAAGAGCGCAGCCGAGCCAAACCUUUCCUCACACUCUUCAGCAUCAUCGUCUUCAUACAGGUCUACAACGCCAUAGAGAAUCUGGACGACCAUGUAGUGAAGUACGAUCUGGAGGGUUUGGAGAGAUCCUUACACAGGGAAGUGUUUGGCCAGCAGGAGGCGCUGGAGGAGCUAAUGGACCAUCUGAAUGACUACCUGUCCACCUAUGCCCACCAGCAGCCCCUUGCCCUGUCUCUACACGGACCAUCCGGCGUUGGCAAGAGCCAUCUGGGUCGCCUACUGGCCCGACAUUUCCGCUCCAUAGUGGACGAUAAACUAGUAGUGCAUUAUAUCUCCAAACACCACUGCCCUCUACAGGAGGAGGCUCAACACUGCGCCUCCACAAUCGCCAGGCGAAUAACAGAGGUAGUUACUCAAGCUGAGGAAGAGGAGCAGAUCCCCUUCUUCAUCCUGGAUGAGGUGGAAGCAAUGGCUCCCCCGCUGCUCGACACCUUGCAGACGUUUCUCCAGUCAGAUCAGACCAACGAGUUUCUUAACGUGGUCUAUGUUUUCCUUAGCAGUCUGGGCCAAAGUGAGAUCACAGCUUACGUUCUUCAAAACUCCUCCACCGCUGGAGCCCACAAGUCCCUCCGUCAGGCCCUGACUCUCCUCCAUCCUCUGUGGAUGGAGCCGGCGGUCCAGGUUAUAGCGCUGUCCUUACUGGAGCGGGAGCAUAUCAUACAGUGCUUUCUGGAGGAAAUGACCCUCGAAGGGUUUUAUCCUGAUCCUGGUCAUGUGGAGAGACUGGCGGACGAGCUGGCCUAUCACAAAGCAGCUGGGAGACAAUACGCCAAAACUGGAUGCAAACAAGUGGUGGCCAAAGUCAACCUGCUUUGAGGGAGUUUUUUAUAUAUAAAAUAGCCAUUAUUUUCUUAAAGUACACCUGAAAACAAAACUAACCAUACUGAUUUUGUUAGCUCACAUUUCUAGCAUUGUGGUAAACAAUAUAUCCGUGCAUGGCAUUUAGAAAAAUUAAAUAGUUUGCCCUUGUAAUCUUUCAUUGAAAUCUGAAAAUGCACUUCCUGUUUGUUUUCAGUUCAUUUCUCAGAUUGCAUCUGUCUAAGGUAUUGGGCGUGGCUAACGUAAUUAACCACGCCCCUCCGACUGUCAGCUUUGACAACAAACAGAAAUGGUGAGGAGGAGGAGGAGGUGUCUGUUUGGUUGUAAUAACUCUCCCCAAACCCUCUUCCCCAUCUUUCUGAAUGAAAUGCCUACUUCACCACGUCCAAUCAGCUCACAGUAGAACACAACAAGCCACGCCCACUGUUUUCUAAAUGAACACAUUCUCUAAAGUGAACUAAUGCAAUUUAUCAACAAUAUAUGUCAAUAUGAGACUGAAGUUGAAUUAAAUGAUUGAAUACACCUUUA